AUGUUUUACACAAAUACUAUACGUUUAUGUGAAUUAUUUGUGAUAAUUAAUGCAUUUAUUGCAAUCAUUAUUGGUUUGCAUUCAACAGAAAGUAAACUCAACUUUUAUGUCAACAAAGAUGAGAUACAGAAGCUGUUAGGAUUGACAGCAGAGAUUAAUUACAUAAAGAAUGGACACAUCAAUGACUAUGCCCUGGGAUUUGUUAUAACUGUUCCCUCAAACAUAACUGAUCUCUACUAUACCUGGUCUUCACCGAUACCAUCAAUAAGAUAUAGUAUUGGUUUUAAAGUUAGUGAUACUUUAGCAAUGGAAACGCCAACACUUAAUAUAUCCAAUGAUGGUUUUGUACCCAUCAAUGAACAGGUGUUUCAAGUGUCACUCAUAUGCAGCGGUCGAGUGGCUGAAGUGGAGAUCCAGAUGAUGGUUAACCUGACAAUGCCUUAUACUAAUAAUCAAACAGAACUUGUUCUUAAACGAAAGAAAAUCUGCAUUAAAAGUGAUCAAACGAGUGGAUCAAUUGAUAAUAACAAUAUAAGAUUAAAACCAUCAGUGAUUGACCAGAAAAUAGGUUCACGGGAUUCAAGUGCGCUGUCAAUAAUAGUAGCGUCGGGCAGUUGUUUCAUAUUGAUUGUCGCACUAUUGGCACUGUUAUGCUAUUUCUUAUAUGUUAGAUCUCAGAAGGAUCGUCGCACACAAACCAAUGAUUACGAAGGAAGUUUGACAAAUAUAUCAUCAAAGUCUGGACAUAUAUAUCUUCGUGUGGACACUCCCAGCAAUAUAGCCAUUUCCAGAAAUGGUAGCCAUUAUUCUAGUUUUCGAGGCUUUCUAAACGCACCGCCGAACUCAUUAUACCGAACCCUAUCGGUUCCCAUUUACACACAUAAUAAGCACAAUAUGAACACUAGAUUGAGUGAUAAAAGUUGCGAUUUGGAGGUCAACCGUAAGAAAAUACUUUUGCAACAAAACAUAAUGGAGGGAACGUUUGGAAAAGUUGUUUUCGGACUUAUUGUGACCAACUUUAAUGAGAUGAGCGCUGAAUCCAAAGUUAUGAUAAAAACAGUGUCAGAUCAGGCGUCUAAAUAUCAGAUCUCAGUAUUUUUAAGUGAAGGCAUGAGAUUCAAAGCACUAAAACAUCCAAAUAUACUGAGCAUAUCGGGCACUUGUAUUGAUGAUCCUCAUCGUCCACUUCUUAUAUAUCCUUAUAUGAAUAGUGGAAAUCUUAAACUAUUUUUACUGAAAUCAAGUACUCAUAAAUACUCGUCUGAAACACAAAUUCAUACAUUUUUAACGCAAGAUUUAGUUCAAAUGGCAAUUCAUAUCACAUCUGCUGUCAUUUAUUUGAACUCACAAAACAUGAUUCAUCGGGAUUUGUCCACAAGAAACUGUUUGGUCCAAACCAAUGAUCAAAACUCAUUUCUAGUCAAACUUUGCGAUAAUGCACUUUCAAGAGAUUUGUUUCCUAAUGACUAUCACUGUUUGGGAGACAAUGAGAACAGACCUAUUAAAUGGUUGGCUUUAGAAAGUUUAGUCAAAAGAGAAUUUACUCAAUUAAGUGAUGUUUGGAGUUUUGGUGUCACUCUUUGGGAACUAAUGACUUGUGGUCAACAGCCUUAUGCUGAAGUUGAUCCCUUUGAAAUGGCCGCAUAUCUUCGCGAUGGAUACCGACUCUUUCAGCCAAUUAACUGUCCCGAUAGACUAUAUGAUAUAAUGAUUUGCUGUUGGAAUGUAGAUCCAGAAGCGAGACCAACAUUCCCUCAGCUGUACUCAUGUUUACAAGACUUUCAUCAAACUUUGGGAAAAUAUAUUUAAAUUUUUGUUUAUAAACC